GUAAGAACGAGAGCAAGAGAAAACGACUUGUGACGAAUGACACCCUUGCAGUUUUGAAUUUUCACUUUAUUUUCAACACGCAGAUGGUCAAAUAAUGUGCGAUGUUCUCCCUGCCAAACUACAUGGUAACACUUCUCUCACUUGUUAUUUUCCUGAGGAUGUCAGUAAAACUAGGACAGACUUCAGUGUCUAUCGAUACACAGAUAAAAAUAAAAGCAGUCCAGAUGAUGUCCUGGACUGUUGGUGGAUGUCGGAAAAAGUAGAGUGUCGACAUGACCAAGGAUAUGAGUAUAACAAAAUGAUAUCCGAUAGACUGUCACUGGAAAUCCUAGAAGUUACAGCUCCACAGGUGUACGCCUGUCAACUACCUGGCUAUGGACCCGAGUCCAUUAUCACCUGUGACCUCAAGGUUGAGCCAGAUAAGACAAGCUGCCAUGUUGCAAGUGUGAAGGAGAAUGAGCCGACAACAUUCACAUGUACCUUCAGUGUUGACCUCAGGGUCACGAGAGAGGAAGUCAAAGUCAUCCAUCAAAGCAACACAGGUACCGAAGUCGUCAACUGCACGUGGAUAAAUGAAGAACCAUCCUGCACCUCAGUCCCGGGGUUUGAAGUAAACAACACAAUCAAUGAUCGUCUGACAAUCAAAGUACCCCGGGCUACUCUCCAGUACAAUGGGACGUACGUGUGUCACCCACAAGGCUCACAGUCUGAACACUUUGAGUCAUGUGACUUUAUUGUAAUGACAGUUUCAGCUACUACCACACCAGUCGAAACUAUUGUUCCAGUGACUGUUGGAGUAGUAAUAGUCAUGUUGAUUCCUUUAACAUUGAUCAUCGUCUUCAUCAUCAGGAAACGCAGAUCGCGCACACGAUCAGAAGACAUAAUUCGUGAUGAAGAGCAGCUAAUGAUAGAAACUCUGUUGCUACUUCAGCCCCCACAGGAUGUCGAAAAAACUACAAAGAACUUCUUGGCUGACCUCUCCAAUGGUUUCCGGAAGACAUAUCCAGAGUUUGACACAAAAGCCUAUGUUGUGCCGUCGUUGUACAUCAACACAAACACAUAUGAAGUGAAAACUUUUGCUGGAGAAGACGUGUACAUCACCAGGCCACCCGACGAUGAACAAACUGUGAAGCACGACAUGGCCAUGGGUCGGGUGUUGACAAGUCUUCACCUUCUAGCAAAGCACGGGAAUGAAGUGAUGUUUGUCAUAUCACAGUUUGACUACGACAAGUACUUGGCUAAUCCUAGGAAGGAGUUUACUAAUCAUAAUUUACCAAGACCUGGUGAACUGAGGAAGUCUGACAAACACUACGGAGACUUUGACAUCCUUAUCAUUCAUCGACAUCACGGGCUGGUGGUCGGGGUGGUCAAGACAUGUUCUGGUGAGUCAACACAAAAGGUAGAGGAACCAACCGACAUGGUGAUCGAGGAGCUGCUACAAGGCUGCACACAACUAGACGAGGCAGAGAAAAUGUUACAUCAUCUUCUGUCCGAUCCAAUGAGUAAUCAAAACCAACAAAUGCAGGUUCAAAAACUUUUAAUCUUGCCAAAUCUUUCAGAAGAACGUCUGGAGGGUGUACUUAAUGAAAACCAAAAUGUGGCAGACACUUUAAAGGAAUUUCUUCGAUUUCCGGACACUGGUGUUUCUAAAGAAUGUCUCUGUGGUGAUCAUCUGAGGGGUUCAAAAAGAACCCAAAAGAUUAAAGACUGGUUCAACAGUCGAUUUUCUGAGUCACAUGACACAGCAUUUACUAGCGAUGAUGAGUUCGCUGCUAUAGUUGCAAGGUUCUGUGGACCUGCAAUUAGUUGGUCUUCAAAUGUUCUGGAUCAUCAGAGUGGCAUCCUGCCCAAGACACUGGAAGACUGGGUGUGGAUGACAGAAAAGGAGCGGGUGUCUGUCCACGACCAGGUGAUUGGCGGCAACGGGAGCCUCUCUCUGUUCAAAAGACUCGUUAAAAAGUUAAACUAA